GUAGUAAAAUAUUUGGGCUUCUAUUGGGCUAAAGGCUCACAAACACAUAUAAAAUCUUACUGAUAUCUAGGGUUUACGAUCCUGUUGCAGUUUUUCAUCAUCUAUCUUCACUAUCAAAGUCGGACGUCUUUCUCCACCGGCCGGCAGCAUGAUCAUCUCUGAGAAGAACAGGAGAGAGAUCUCCAAGUACCUCUUCCAAGAGGGAGUUUGCUAUGCGAAGAAGGACUAUAACCUAGCGAAGCACCCCGAGAUCGAUGUCCCGAAUCUGCAGGUGAUUAAGCUUAUGCAGAGCUUCAAGUCGAAAGAGUACGUGCGUGAGACCUUUGCCUGGAUGCACUACUAUUGGUAUCUCACCAACGAUGGAAUUGAGUUCCUACGCACAUACCUCAACCUUCCAUCUGAGAUCGUCCCUGCCACACUUAAGAAGUCGGCUAAGCCCCUCGGUCGGCCCAUGGGUGGACCUCCUGGUGACCGCCCUCGUGGACCUCCAAGAUUUGAUGGUGACAGACCUCGUUUUGGUGAUCGGGAUGGUUACCGUGGUGGACCAAGAGGGCCAGCCGGUGAAUUUGGUGGGGAGAAAGGUGGAGCUCCUGCUGACUUUCAACCUUCAUUCAGGGGUGGUGAAGGUGGUGGACGACCGGGUUUUGGCCGAGGUGCAGGUGGCUUUGGCGGAGCACCUUCAAGCUAAACUCCUCUGUCCGUUCUCUAAUUCAUUGUUUUUAUAUAGGAUUUUGGGUGUUGGAAUUAUGUCAAACUAGAACCUCUAUUUUGCUUGAGAAUAUAUGCAAUGUUAUUUUUUUCGGAUA